AUGUUGGACCCAGAUAUUUCAAAUGCUUUAGCUGCCAAAUAUAUUGCAGUUCCACUUAUGUUCCCUAUACACCAAAUAUCUGUCAAAGACUUUGCAGGUGAAGUUGGAAACCAAAGUGCUGACCCAGGUGCAAGAACAGAUAUUGCUUUAACAACUGCAAUGAAACAUGCAGAUACUAUGUUUGUACUGUUCAGACGAACUAUAAAUGACUAUUCUUGUUUCUACAACCCUGGUAUUAAAUAUCAUAUAAACAUAGAUGGCAAAUAUUAUCCAAGAGAAGAAUAUUCUACAGUUGAGGAUAUGAGGUCAUACAACUUGACAUUAGAUGCUAUGAACUUUAACAACAACUUCACAACAACCAUUAACCCUGAAAUGCAAAGUUCUAUUAUGCCAUAUGUGAAAGUAUGGACUCAUACAGGAGGUCAAAAAACUCAAUAUACAAAUGGAGACCGUUCAAACUUUUGGCUUGGCAUUCCAUUUGCUGACUCAGAAGACUUUAUGGGUGGUAUUUCAACUGUUGGUACUGUACAAAUACAAUAUACUGGUGACAGAGACGGUCCAGAUGAAUUGAAAGCAAAGAA